UUACGGUCAGACUCUCUAAUGUAAAGUAGGUCAUGAAGAGGGAAGCACAGCUAGCUUCUCCUCCACUUAUCGUCUGUUACCCAUUUUACAAAAGUAGACUUCAGCUAACACCGUAUCUUUGCUGCUGUCGGUGAUUUUCCGUGAAUGUUUGCCGUGAAUAACAUCAGGUGCUGGACUGAUGCAGGCCGUCUGUCCUUUCUACUGAACCUGAACUGACCAGCCGGCUUUUCUCCUGGCCAGACGUCACCAUGUCCAGGCGGAGCAGGAACAGUCGUGCGUGGAGAUAUGUUUGGGGUGGGAUACGGAGGGAUGCUGAUGCCCGGGCUCUUGUUUUGGCUUCUGAAAGUGAAGAAUGGGGCUACGAGCGCUUGGAGUACAGCGAUUCAGACUCUGAGGCCGACUUCUCAGCGGUGAUGGUCCCUCCGGUGCCCAGCGCCGUGCCCGUCACUGGAGAGUCCUACUGCAGCUGUGAUUCUCAGGCUGAGACCAACUACAACCCCCGUCUACGAGGUUUUCACCAAGUCAGAGACUGCCACUGUGGAGAGGACGACCAAGAGUUUGACUGGGUUUGGGAUGUAAACAGCCGAUCAACAGCAACAAUGCUGAGCUGUGACAAUCGCAAAGUGAACUUCCACUCUGAGUACAGCUGCGGCACGGCGGCGAUCCGCGGCUCUAAGGAGCUGGCCGAUGGGCAGCACUUCUGGGAGAUCAAGAUGACGUCUCCGGUUUAUGGAACGGACAUGAUGGUCGGCAUUGGAACCUCAGAUGUUAAUCUUGACAAAUACAGACACACGUUCUGCAGCCUGUUGGGGAAAGACACAGACAGCUGGGGUCUUUCUUACACCGGUUUGUUGCAUCAUAAAGGAGAAAAAAUGAACUUCUCGUCACGGUUCGGACAGGGCUCCAUCAUUGGAGUUCACCUGGACACUUGGCACGGCACUCUCACUUUCUUCAAGAAUCGCAAGUGUAUAGGUGUUGCAGCCACAGAGCUCCAGAAUAAGAGGUUUUACCCGAUGGCGUGCUCCACCGCAGCUAAAAGCAGCAUGAAGGUGAUCAGGUCAUGCUCUGCUCCCACCUCCCUGCUCUAUCUCUGCUGCGCUCGCCUUCGCCAGCUGCUGCCAGACUGUAUAGACACCUUGGACGUGCUGCCGCUGCCUCCAGGCCUUCGUCAGCUGCUCCACAACAAACUGGGUUGGGUUCUCAGUCUUAACAGUGGCACCACAGAGGAGAGCCCCGAUGGGUCCGAGCGCCCGUCACGCUCUCACGCCCCCCCGCUGGCCGGACCGUCAUCCUCUGAGAGCGACUCGGAGGGCUGCACGUCGGACCCUGAAGCCUUUCAGAGGAAGAGAUGUCGCUGGACUUGAUUGGUCAGGGUGAUUCCUACCUCCUCUUAAACACUGGCAGACGUUAAAGUGGCAUCGAAUCAAGUGUUUCCUACCUGCCUCAAGCUUUCCCAACGUCAGCGUCACCCUGUAGUGAAAAAAGAAACGGGUCAGAGUGGUACGUAAGUGCAGAAUUGUUACGGCACAUUUUUACUGUGAUCUUCUCUCCUGGCAUCCACUCGUCUUCAUGCUCAUCAGUUUCCAAAGCAGCUUCAGUAAAAGUCAAAUACACGGUGUUGGUGAUUUAGCAGUACUUGUGCCACGUGUGUUUGGGGAUUGGUGCAGGAAAAGGACUGUACAGUGUAACACUGAAGUCAAGUAUGGCCACAUUUUGGUGGUCAUCACAGUUUAUUUGCAAAAAAGGGGAUUCAAGAAUAAGAGACUGUAUAUUUUCAGUGUUUUCAUCACGUAUGCAAGCAACGUUUAAUGUUCUGGAUCUCUGUCAUUACUACCAGAGUUUUGUUACAUGUUUGAAUCAUGUCUGCAGCUUUCUGUGACCUUGCCAAAGUAAGAGGGACAGUUUAUCCCAUGAGAGGAACAGACAGGAAGUAAAGCGCCAAAGCUCAGAGAGUAUUUUCGUCUUUAUUACAGAUCAUAACUCCGAGGCAAACACUACUACUUUCUGAAAUUCUCUGACAGAUUAAGAAAGAAGUAUUAGAAGGAGACUGAUCCUGAGUGUUCCUUACAGCCUUCUGCCCUUCAGAAUAAAAGCACUCUUAUUUAUUUUUAUUGAAUAACCACCAUCGCCAAAUUGCUUUUUAAGUUAAAAAAAAUCGUAUAUUUGUUACAAUUUUGUCUCCAGUUUUAUGGGACUAAAGCUCAAACAUUAUGCCGCUUCUUAGAGGACAAUAUCGAGUUUCUGAAUAUAAAUAUGGAAAUAGAUAUCCUCAAAUAUAUAUUGCUGUCAAUAGUAAGAGUUUUCAAUCAGAUUAUUAGUCUUUAGUGUUGUUAUACCAGAAUUUUGAACUUUAAUAAGAAAUUAGUUAUAUUAAAAGUAUAUUGAUGUCUAAAAAAUAGAAGUUUCAGACGCUCUUACUGGGUAGAUUCAGAUGUUCUCAUCCAGGGAUGUCAGACUCAGUCACAGCAGGGGCCGGGUUCUAGGUUUGGGUCUAACCCGAGGGUCUAACCGGGUAAAAAUUUCCCAUAAACAGUCAACCUCAUGUUCACCGGUAAAGAAUUAUGGGGGGGGGGGUGUAACAUUGAUGAUGAAUUAUUUUCAGAUUUUACAAAAGUCAGUUAAAGUCAUGAUCUUUAACAGUUAAAGUACUAAAGAAAUCAAAAUCAUAAGUUUUAAAGGUGAAAAGAUGAGACACAAAAUUUAAAAAUUGGAAUCCAAAAGGCCAAUAUUUGGGAAUAAAAGUUAUAUUUAGUAGUUGAAAAUGUCAACAUAUGAGAUAAAAUUCAAAAUCAAGAGUUUAAAAGUCAAAAC